UCAGCAAGUGAGAGAAGCGCCAUCAUGAAUGCAGCAAAAAGGAUUGAGAGCAACGACGAUCUACUAACGGAGUUACUUCUUCAGCUACCGCCCAAAUCCGUAUUCAAAUUCAUCUCCGUCUCAAAGAGAUGGAAAACCAUCAUCAACGAUCCUUUUUUCAUCGAGAAUUACAGCAAACGCCGGAGCUCCGGCGACGGCCGUCUGUUGGCCUUGUUCCAAACAAAAUUCACGCCCCCGACUAUCCCGGGAGAUCCCAUUCAAAUGAAUAUACUCCCCAUUCAUCCUUGCAACAUCACAUUCGAUCACGUGCCGAAAGAAGGGCUCGGCACCUUCGUCAAUUCCUCCAACGGUCUAAUCCUCUGUGGUCUCCUCCAACUUGUCGGAAAACAUAUGGUCACAAUGUACACCGUGCUUAAUCCGGUGACGGGAAAGUGCGUCGCUCUGCCGCGGCCCCCGACUAUCUGGCGGGACGAACUCUACUUGUCGUCGUUCGACGCAAUUAUGUGCGAGGAGAACAAAACCGCACUCGAACCAAACUACAUUGUUGUCCGAGUACGUGAGUUAUGGGGUAAGGUUAUGAAAAUCGAGACUUUUUCUUCCGUGACCGGCAUGUGGGCCACCUCCUCACUCAAGGCCACCGGCUCUAUUACGGAGUCUCCAUACGAGCCUCUAUACAUGCCUCCGGUGGUGGUGAAUGGUGUUUUCCAUUGGCUUACGGCUAGCUUUGAACUCGCGGUUUACGAUCCAAACAAGUAUAAAAAACACUUGCAGUUGAUUAAGGCGCCGUAUACUAGUGGUGGUAAUUGUACUUCCGUUAUCGUUACAAGGUCGCCUUUUCCGGACGACGUUUUGUUGUACGGUGCGAUUGACUCGCCGUGGUUGAAAUUUUGGAUGCUCGAAAAGGGCGGUGGAGAUAACGGGAGCUACAAGAGGGAUACGACGAUACGUAGACGUGAAUGGGUGUUGAUGCACGAUAUACGCGUUGAGUGUUUGUACAAAGGCAUUGAUAUGUCGAAAAAGUGUCUUUUUCUCGACGUAUUCAUGGGCUGUGCGGAUGUUGGUUUCGACGGGGUCGUUUCGCGGGACCCGCUUGUGGUACUAUUGAAGAAGGGAGAAACAUGGUUUCUUUACAACUUUGAGAGCAAGACCAGCCGGUUGGCUCCGUACCGUGGUUGUCUUCGAAAUAGUUCCGGUAAUUGCGGGAAUCUUCGUCCCUUUUUAGAAUCUUGGUUUUUAUCUUCCUAUGCUCUUUAAACAUCAUUUCUAGUUUUUUUUUUUU